AUGCUCGUCACGUCAUCACCGUUAAUACGAAAUGGUUUAAUGUUUCCGCUAAAGGGUAGUCUUGCGUCUCUGAUUCUCCCCUUGAGAAGAUUGUCUUGGAAACCUUCUUUGCAAAAAUUUAGAAAGCUCCCACAACCACCAGGUAAUAUAAUAGGAACAGUAAAUGAUGCAUACAUUUCGCCCACACCCAACUAUUUUGAAGGAGGAUAUCACUGGACAUAUGAAAGAGCUAUCACGAUUUGCAUGGUACCCCUAGCAUUAACACCCUUUGUUGCGGGAGUAGAUCAUCCCAUGGUUGACUCGAUAUUCUCUGUAUUAUUAUUAUUUCACUGCCACGCUGGCUUCAAGUCAUGCAUCAUUGACUACGUUCCGAAACGUGUUUACGGGUUUUGGUACGGCUUUGCUACCAAAUUGCUAACAUUUGGGACAUUUAUUAGUAUCUAUGGUGUUUAUGUUUUAGAGACAUCCAGUAAUGGUCUAUUCAGUUUGAUUCAAGGAAUCUUUUCCUCAUAA